AUGAACCACACGCGCCCGAUCCCCAUAGGAGGAAGCGGCAGCCAGCGCGGCUCCCCCGUGACGCGCAGCCCCAACGGCGCCGCGCUCGUGGCGCACUCGCUGCCCGCGGACAUGCACCACGUGCACCUGUCGCGCUUCAUGACGAGCUCCAGCGGCGCCAGAUCCGGCGGGCUGCAGCCGCCCAGAGCGCCGCAGGUGGGCUCCAUGCCCGAGCCGAGCUUCCUGGAGCUGGACGGCAUGCCCGACCUGGCGCUGGGCCCGCCGGCAGAGACCAUCCGCGAAGACUCACCGCCUCGAGCCCCGGCCGUGAUCCAGUUUGCUAGCUCGUGCCCGGGGGAUAUUGGCUUCUUGAGGAGCAACCCUGCUAGGGGCUCGUGGACGCCGUCGCUGCACCCGUACCCGGACGAGCACGACGACUUCGAUCUGUCCAAGAGUCCGGCGCUGGCAGCUAUGUCGGCGCUGAGAGAGAGGAUGCCGCCCGGCGGGUUCGGAGGGGAGUCGUCAACUACACAGCAAGCGGGCAACGGCUCGUCGCACAGGUCUUUUAGCGCGCGCGCGGCAGGAACACAGCCCUCAAGGCAUUACUACGCCUCGGACGAAUCGUCGAGCUACGCAGUGAGUGCGGAGCUGCUGGAGAGGCUGAGUAUCACGUCGGAGGAGGAAGGAGAGGGCGCAGAGGACCGCGAGCAGCGCUAUCGGAUGCCAGGAUACAACUCGCAGAUGCCAGCAGAUCAGAGACGGCGGGCCGAGCGGCGCGGCUCGUAUGGCAAUGUGUCGGAUACCGGCGACACGGGCAUCUUUGAAUUCGACGACCAAUAG